UAAAAAAAACUUCAAACAAAAGAAAACAAAGGCCAACCUUACUCAACAAACUGUGACGAUCUAAUUAAUGUUACAACUUAUGUUGAUGCUCAAGAUGACGAAAAUGAUGUAUCUCAGGCCUUCUUUCUCUGUGCACAGACUUCACCAUUCUUAGCCUUCCCAUUGACUCGGCCUUGAUGUUUGUGUUUGGAACUGUGUGUGCUUCCUGAGCAGUAUCUUUCUCUCACAACAAAGUCUCAAAGUCCACCACUUAUAGUGUCAAGGUGUUAGAAUGCUGAGAAUGAGAGUCUGUGGAUGUGUCAUUGCUCUGUUGUGUUCUUGCUUCGUCCUCCUUGCGGUUGCACAAGUUACACAUCCUUCUGAAGUCAAUGCAUUGAGAGCAGUUAAGAGCAGUUUAAGUGAUCCUCGGAAGCAUCUCAAGAACUGGAACAAUGGGGAUCCUUGUAAAUCUAAUUGGACUGGAGUUUUUUGUUUUAAUACUGUUGGGGCUGAUGGGUACUUGCACCUUGAGCAACUCCAACUGCUGAACAUGAAUCUCUCAGGAAGUUUAGCACCUGAGCUUGGCCAACUAUCUCACCUUUUAAUAUUAGAUUUCAUGUGGAAUGAAUUAAGUGGCACUAUACCAAAGGAGAUAGGAAACAUGACAUCCUUGAAACUCUUGGUCUUGAGUGGAAACAAAUUAUCCGGUUCUUUACCUGAUGAGCUCGGUUACCUUUCAAAAUUAAAUAUCCUACUAGUUGACCAAAACUAUAUGUCAGGUCCAAUACCAAAAUCAUUUGUUAACUUGGUCAAUGUGAAACAUCUCCACAUGAACAACAACUCCUUCAGUGGUCAAAUUCCAUCGGAGCUUUCUAAAGUACCCACUCUUCUUCAUUUGCUUUUUGAUAAUAAUAACUUAUCUGGAUAUCUUCCACCAGAAUUAUCCAACUUACCAAACUUGCGCAUAAUUCAAUUUGAUAACAACAACUUUGGGGGGACUGAGAUUCCAGCUUCUUAUGGAAACCUUUCCCAAUUAGCAAAAAUAAGUCUUAGGAAUUGUAGCUUGCAGGGAGAAAUUCCUGAUUUUAGCAGGGUACCUAACCUUCUUUAUCUAGAUCUAAGCGGGAAUCAUCUGAGUGGAUCCAUACCUUCACAUAGACUGUCUCACAAUAUGACAACAAUCGAUCUGUCAGAUAACCAGCUUAAUGGAUCUAUUCCUGAGAGUUUCUCUGAUCUUCCUUCACUUCAGAAAUUGUCACUCGAGAAUAAUUUGUUGACUGGUUCUGUCCCUGCUAUAUGGUGGAACAUAUCUUUUAGUACAAAAGCUAGACUUAAACUUGAUCUCCGGAACAAUUCACUGUCGAACAUAUCGGGAGGGCUAAAUCCUCCAGCAAAUGUCACCUUGAGGCUUGAAGGAAAUCCUAUUUGCAAGAAUGCAAGCAUACAAAAUGUAGGCCAGUUCUGUCGAUCCAGAGCUGGAGGAGAUGGAAUCCCUGAUAGUUCAACAAAUUCAACUCCAAAAAUGACCUGCCCUAGUCAAGCAUGCCCAAUAGAUAAUUUCUACGAAUAUGUCCCAUCUUCCCCAGUGCCAUGCUUUUGUGCAUCACCUAUAAUAGUUGAAUUUCGUCUGAUAAGCCCUAGUUUUUCUUAUUUUACUCUAUAUAUUCAGAAGUUUGAACUAUACUUCACUAGAUCUCUCGACUUGAGCCUUUAUCAAUUAUCAAUUGAUUCAUUUGUCUGGCAAGAAGGACCUCGUCUACGGAUGCAUUUGAAGCUUUUCCCUAUGUUCAUUAAUCCCCACUCAAAUACAUUCAACUUUAGUGAGGUUCAUCGAAUUAGAAGAAUUUUAACAUCGUGGGAAAUUCCUCUAACUGAUUUCUUUGGACCUUAUGAGCUUCUCAACUUCACUCUGCUAGGACCUUAUUCAAAUAUGAUCGUUGGGCCACGAAGGAUGGGCAUCAGGAAGGGAAUUUUGGCAGCUAUUAUAACAGGGGCAGUUGCAUCGUUUGUCAUUCUUUCUGCAACUGUCAUGCUUCUGAUCACAAGAUGCUUGAGACAUCGGGACAGACCACCUUCUAGGAGACAUUCAUCCUCGAAUAUUACAAGGAAAAUUGAUGGCGUAAAGGCGUUCACUUUCAAAGAAAUGAGACUAGCUACCGGGAAUUUUGAUAGUUCAACUCAACUUGGACGAGGAGGUUAUGGGAAAGUUUACAGAGGUAUUUUAUCUGAUGACACAGUUGUAGCCAUAAAGCGUGCAGAAGAAGGAUCCUUGCAGGGUGAAAAAGAAUUCUUGACCGAGAUAGAACUGUUAUCGAGAUUACAUCACCGAAACUUGGUCUCUUUGGUGGGAUAUUGUGAUGAAGAAGGGGAGCAGAUGCUGGUUUAUGAGUUCAUGCCCAAUGGUAACUUAAGGGACUGGCUUUGUGUUAAGGCCAAGGGAAGCCUGAGCUUUGGUAUGAGGUUACAGAUUGCAUUGGGUUCAGCUAAAGGCAUUCUUUAUCUCCAUAAUGAGGCAAAUCCUCCCGUAUUCCACCGAGACAUUAAAGCCACCAACAUACUUCUGGACUCCAACCUUAUGGCUAAAGUAGCCGAUUUCGGACUCUCACGGCUUGCUCCUCUACAGGAUGAUGCAGGGACCGGACCUUCAUAUGUAUCUACAGCUGUGAGAGGAACACCGGGUUACCUGGAUCCAGAAUACUUUUUGACAAGUAAGUUGACAGACAAAAGCGAUGUCUAUAGCCUUGGGAUUGUGUUUCUGGAGCUCUUGACUGGUGUGCUGCCAAUAUCACAUGGCAAAUACAUUGUUCGUGAGGUGAAACUAGCUCAUCAGGCCGGGUUGAUGUUCUCCAUUAUAGACAGCAGAAUGGGAUCCUAUCCGUCGGAAUGUGUACAGAGGUUCCUAGCUCUGGCCCUUAGAUGUUGUUAUGAGAAGCAAGAUAAGCGGCCAGCAAUGCUGGAAGUGGUGAGGGAGCUUGAAAACAUAAUCAAAAUCAUGCCGGCAGCUGACACCAUAUUUUCACCAUCUGCUGCCUCAUACAGUGACCAAUCACCAACCUCAUCAUCCUACUUGACUAGAGACACAUCCUAUGUGUCCUCCAGUGUUAUAGGAAGUGAUCUUUCCAGUGGUGUUGUCCCAACCAUCGUGCCGAGUAAAUUUCAUUGAUAACAAAAAAAUACACGGGGGAACGUAAUGAGCCUUACUGCUCAUUGUUUCUUUUAAAAAAAUCUUGAAUGGUCCUUGAUCUCUUAACAUUACGAUGUUGACCCGACAUUGUAAAGUAUAACCUAUUGAAUAAUAUAUAGAAGAUGUAAACAUAUAGACCAACAAAAAUUUCAAGAAAAACAUUACAUACUUAAAUAGUUAGUUAAAAUCCCUAAUUGACAAUUCAUAAAAGCAAGCAAGAACACCAAAAUCCAAAAACUAAUUGAUAAACCUUAAUUGUAAAUCCCUAAUUGAUACUUCAUAAAUCUUAAAUAAUCCCCAAAAUUUCAAAAGAAAAGAAGAUGCAGAAUGGAAGAUUACCUUAGUUUGCUUUAAUUAAGUCCGAGGACAUGCAUAAUUUUCCUUCUUGUCGAAGAGCAGGAGUUAGCCGCUAGCGGAUGCAAUAGAGAGAAUUCUUUUUCUUUCUUUCUUUCUUUCUUUUUUUUUUGGUAAAGGAGAGAGGGAAUGUCUAUGCCUAGUGGGAGUCUAAUUUUUUUUUUCACGUGGGGUGUGGAGUGUGGGGUUUAGUUCUUUUCAUUUAUUUGUUGGUCAGCCUAGUUCUAGUAGGAUUAGUUAAUAAUAUUUUAUUUGGAUAGCCUAGUCCUAAUGGGAAUGGUUAAUAAUACUUAUUUGGAUGAAGGUUUGUUUGAAAUUGAAAGUAAUUUGAUAAAAUUGGUUGCCAUUUGAAGCCACUGAUUGACGGCAAAGAACCAAUAUUUUUCUUUUCCUUUUUUUAUUUGUGUGUUUUCUUUCCUAGGCUGGAGUAUUAACUUAACUUCUUUUUUUUCUUUUAAAAAGGCUAGCAUGCUAGUGGGUAUGUCCCUGGCUGUAUACAUUUGUGUCGUAUGAAAAGAAGUUAUCCUUGAUGAGAAUAUGCGGAGUUUCUUUGAACCCUUUUCUCCGUUUUCUAGGUAACAGACAGAAAAAUAACAUUUUAUAGCUGAGUUUCGGAUCUAAAAUGUAGUUUUGUCUCUGUUUUUUUGGCUAUCUAGAGAACGAAAAUGUGAGUAAUAAUGAGUAGUGUAGUGCAUGUACAUAAGUUAGCAUUUGAGAUGUUGUUGUUGUAGUGUAACAAAACAAUGAUGGUCAUUUUACUGCAUACUGAAUUUUGAGUUGUUAGUUGUUACUAACAGUAACUGAGGCAAAACUGCACUCUCUUCUUCAUUUUUUCUUAAUUUUGAUUGGUGAAUUGGAUCGAACCAAAUCGAACUGGGUGCAAAAAAUCCUUAAUAUUUCUGAUUGAAAAUAAAAUUCCCAAAAUCUCUACUCUUUAUACAGUGCACACAACAAUUUU